AUGGCUCGACGACCCCCUCCGCAACAGAUGCCUCCUCCCCAGGCCCCGACGAAUUCUCGACAGAACGAGUAUUUCAUUCCCCGCGAUGGCAUUGAUCGUGAAGUGAUCACUGCGGAUAUAUGUCGCUACCUGGGAAAUGACGCCCUUGUUCGACCGGGCACCUAUGAGGACCCCGAGACGCACCACUCGAUAAGUGGCUACUACAUCACCGCCUACCGCAACCUGACAACCUCCAAUACCACCAUUCGGAUACGUACGCCAGGAGGCAACGUGGCGGACCUUCUGAAUCUCUCCCCUUUGGUACAGGCCGUGAAUUUGACGCCCCUCCGCAUGACGGCCCCGGAUACCCUGGAUAUCCUCAACAAGGUGGUAGUGGCCAGUUCAUACAACAACCCCCACAAGCCGGCUACUCUAGCGGGAACCAAGGAAAUGCCUAUCCCACUGGUUACCCUACCGGUCCUAACCAGUAUCCCCAGCAGGACCCUAGCUACGGGCCCUCAGGACAAUCCAAUUUGGCCUACGCGCAAAACCAGGACACGUGGGUACAUGCCGCUGCCCGCCCAGUCAAUCCCGGAUAUAGGAACCCCGUAUAAUCCUGGCAUCGGUACCCGGGAUCACAUGAUGACUACUCCCCGCAGCAAGGAAACUACCCACCACCACCGCAUCCCCAAGCUGGUUACGGAGGCCAAGAUUUCUACAACCCUCCCUCAGGUGGCUCUUACCAGACAAUGGCCCAGGAUCCACAUUAUGGUCGCGGUGGUGGCGCGUAUCAGGAGCGGGCUCCUUCAGCUCCCCUGA